UUCUUUACCUUUUUUCUUCCUCCCUCUUCCCAUCCUUCACAUCUCUAGAGUUUAGAGUCACAAAUAACUCUAUCUCGUCGUCCUUCUUUUAUCGGCGAGGAUCAAUAAACAUCAUCGACAAUUCGAGUCCUGAGAAUUGUUUAGCCAAUAACAUUGAGCCGAUCAUUAAUUAACACAGUCUCAGCGACAGGAAAUCAAAGUAGUCGAAUUACAUUCUUUUCACCAACCUUACAAACGCGACCGGCCACCAUCACAUCACCUUCCUCCGAAUAAAAGUUACAUACUGCCACAUUACUGGCAGAUGAAUAAUAGAUUAUUACAAUCAUCUCGACAAUACCGUACACCAUCAACGAAAUACUCCAUUUCAAUUCGAAAGAUCUCGCUACUUCGAAUAAUAAUCAACGUCCAUCCGCAACCCUUAUUCGAUACGCCAAAUUCGAUCUCUAAAGAUGAAAGGUCGUUCUCAUCAACAUGCCCGUCAUGCAAGACGCUUUGAAUUACAUGAAGAUGAAAUCGCAGCACCAAUUGAGGUCAGGCAACCCAAUCCAGAUCCAGCAUUACAAACAAUUGUAUCAGUCGUAUAUGUCACGGCUGCACCAACCUUCAGCGGCUCAAUUGCAGGCUAUUCAACGGUCGGACAAGAUGAUGAUGAAACAACAUCAGCUGAAGUUGAGAAGACAACAUCUUCUUCAAUCAAAACUACCGCCGCCAAAACAACAAGUUCCAGUUCCUCGAGUCAAAGCCACACUUCAUCCGCCGCUUCCACUCUUGAGACUUCUGCUUCUAGCUCCACCGAGCUUCCCAGUUCCAUCGUCGCUACAUCAUCUGUAGGAACUUCGGUUGCUCUUCUUGCCGCCACCAAUAAUACACCAACAUCGAGUUCAGCAACAGCUUCCUCCGCGAGUGCGUCUCCUACUGCUACUUCUGCUGCAGACACUUCAAGUUCCGGUAUGAGUACGGGUGGUAAGGCAGGGCUGGUUGUUGGAAUCUUACUAUUGUUUGGAGCCUUGCUUGUACUCCUCUUGUUCUUCUUUAGGAAGAAGAAGCAGGCUGCUAAGAGAGAGCGUCUCGAUGAUGAAAAAUCGGCCAUGGAAGCUUCAUCUGCUCGACGCGCAGAAGUUGAACGUGCAGAAGCUGCACGCAUAGCAAGUCAAGGUUCGGCCCAAGGAGGAGCAGCUCAUCAACUAUCUCUCCGCCCUGUUACAGAAUUCCAGCCCUUCAACGAGAAACAAGGUCUCAGUCAAGCACCAGCUCAAACGGGUAGCAUGUUGACGCCAAUAAUAACCACGCAAUCUGUAGGACAAGAACAAAACAUGAACAAUCCAUUUGGAAACCACGCUGAAGCUAUUGAUACACCUAAUACCAAUGGUCCACCUGUCAUAGAAGGUUUGAACGCAGGAGGGGAAAUAAUUGCUGCCUCUGUCGGUACUGCUGUUGCACUUGCUGCCACUGCUAGCUCUACUACUCCUUCCGCUCAAGGUGCCCCUGCUCCCGCUCAAGUCAAACCCGUUGGUCUAGCUCGCAGUGCUUCUAAAGCCGGAAAUGGUCUCAGACAAAUAGACUUCACUACCAAAAGCAACACUGCUUUAAGCCCACCAAGUCCAUCUGGCUCUGAAUUUAGUACUGUAUCAGGAAAUACUCAAGCUCAAUCCGCAACUGGUAUGGCUAUUGUCGCAGCUGGUGGUCCUCCUAAUACCACUGUUCACCGAGUUCAACUUGAUUUCGCACCAUCCAUGGAUGAUGAACUUGAAUUAAAAGCUGGUCAAUUGAUUCGUAUCUUGCAUGAAUAUGACGAUGGAUGGGUAAGUAGUUUUCACUUCUCUUCUUCAAUAUCAUUCGAUAAUCCAUCCACAUGCUAAUUAAAAACAGGCUCUUUGCAUUCGUCUCGAUCGUUCUAAACAAGGUGUUGUUCCUCGGACUUGUCUUUCUACUCGACCUGUUAAACCUCGUCCUCAACAAGCUGGUCCUCAAGGUUCACCUGCUAUGCGUGGUCAACAAGGUCCUCCUCGCAUUACUAACAAGGAUGGGCCACCUUAUCCAUCGUCUCCAAUGGGUAAUCGAACAAUGACACCAAAUGGGCCAUCAAACGGACCAUCGUCAAACGGACCACCAAGACCUAUGCCAUCAAAAGGACCAUUGCCAAAUGGACCACCAAGACCGAUGCAAUCGAAUGGACAAGGUGGUCCUCCUCGUGGCCCUGGAAUGAAGCAAGGUCCUCCUAAAUCUUUGUCGCCAAAUGGACCAUUACCAAAUGGACCUCCAAGACCGAUGCCACCAAAUGGUCAAGGUCCUCCUCGUAGUCCUGGCAUGAUGCAAGGUCCUCCUAGAACAAUGUCGCCCGCUGGUAACAGACCCUUGACACCUCAAGGUCAACGCCCAAUGGUUCCUCCAAAUCACCCAAAUCAACAACGUUCAAUGACACCACAAGGUCCACCUGCACCAAGCAUAAUAAUUCCACAAGGUCAGACAAACCAGCAGCGACCAGUCACCCCAACAAAUCAACAAGUGACUCCACCAAAUGAGGGACGUGCUCGCAGUGAUUCGGAUACCGAUCCUAUUUCUAGACAACCAAGUCCUCCAAUCACUUCUGCGGUACCAAUGGAUGGUUCUUCAUCUCCUCCAAACAUCCGAAGUCCAGUAGAAAGAAAGCCUCUUCCAGGUCAAGCCUUGUAAUUCAGAUACCUAUCUAUUUAAAAGGGGUAAAUAGAUUAUCUAUGCCUCGGUAUGGACUUCCUUCAAGUAUAAAGAUAGGGUCUCACAUAUGGCGCAAUUAGCAACUGGAUCCAACAAAUUAAAUUCGAUAUGAACAGAACGACGAAUGUACACAAGUUUCUAUUGACGCAUUUUCACCUCAUCAUUGAGCAAAUUGUUCAAUAUUUUCCUUCUUUACUCCUUUGCACAGAGUUUGCAAUAUUUUUGUGGAUGGUGUUUUUAUUUUUUCCUUUUUACGUUGUUUUUCGGAGGAGUUCACAAGCAAUAUUAAUACACUUAUUACAUGGGCUAAUAACAGUAAUGUGUAUCUAUGGACAUUCUUCAUUUCCACGACGGAAUUUUUUAUUUUCGAGACACCUUUCUUUUCUUAGGAAAAGGUUAGGUGUGAGACUUUCAGAUUUUAAUGCUAGUCAUUGAUGGGAAGUUAAGAGAGGGUGGGAGCAGAGAAGUGAGAUGAAUUGACGAUGAAGGAAUUUCAAUUGACUGGCAUGAAAUGUGUUGAACCAAGGGAGAGCUGUGCUUUACAUCGAAUUCGAUAGCUUUUUUCAUCAUCCUACGAUUUGAGUGGUCUGGCUGAUGGACUGACUGACUUGAUUGAUUGGGUUUACUAUUAUUCAGCAAUGAAAUUCUGGAGAUCGUGAAUGAGGAGAGAAGCGAUAUUUUGCUGCAUCUGCCAACUCAUUCAUCUGGUUAUGAGGCUAGAUAGAGAAUGUUUAUAAAAUGCAAAAUAAGAUGAUGGUAUUGGGGACGUGGUACUUUACUUAGCUAGAGAUGAGAAGUGGAAUGAAAGAUAUUUGGUUGUUAGAUAGGAAUGAAAAAGAAAUACUUUUUAUU